CCCCCCCAAUAGAUAUUUUACAGAGGCUCCACCUAAAAUCACACAAUCCCUAAUUUCCGAAAUCUUCUUCUUCUCUCUCUAUUGCUUUUUUUUCCUUCUCCGACUUAGAAAUGGCUUCAACCGCAGAUCCAGCACCGACGAAGAAACCGAGGAACAGUAGGAAGGCGUUGAAGCAGAAGAACGAGAUCGUGGAGACGCCACCAGCGCCUGUCUCCGCCAAGGGGAAACCAGCGAAGUCGUUCGAGCAAGAUCUGAUGGAGAUGCAGGCGAUGAUGGAGAAGAUGAAGAUCGAGAAAGAUAAGACGGAGGAGUUGCUUAAGGAGAAAGACGAGAUCCUUAGAAAGAAGGAGGAGGAGCUUGAGACCAGAGACGCUGAGCAGGGGAAGCUUAAGUUGGAGUUGAAGAAACUUCAGAAGAUGAAGGAGUUCAAACCUAACAUGACUUUCGCUUGUGGUCAACCAUCUCUCACACAGGCUGAGCAAAAAAAGGCGAAUAAGAAGAAGAAGAAGAAGGAUUGUCCUGAGACAAAGCGACCAUCAUCAUCGUACGUUUUGUGGUGUAAAGAACAUAGGGCUCAAGUCAAGAAGGAAAACCCUGAGGCUGACUUCAAGGAGACUGCGAACAUCCUUGGUGCUAAAUGGAAGUCUCUUAGUGCUGAAGAUAAGAAGCCUUACGAAGAGAGGUACCAGGUUGAGAAGGAAGCUUACCUCCAGGUCAUUGCUAAGGAGAAGCGCGAGAAGGAAGCCAUGAAGCUUCUGGUAGAUGACCAGAAGCAGAAAAAUGCAAUGGAAUUGCUUGAUCAGUAUCUCAACUUUGUCCAGGAAGCUGAACAGGACAACAAGAAGAAGAGCAAGAAGGAGAAGGACCCUCUGAAGCCAAAACAUCCUGUAUCUGCCUUCCUGGUUUAUGCAAACGAGAGGAGAGCUGCUUUACGUGAAGAUAACAAGAGCGUCGUGGAGGUUGCAAAGAUAACUGGAGAAGAGUGGAAGAACCUGUCAGACAAAAAGAAGGCACCCUAUGAAGAGGUGGCAAAGAAGAACAAGGAGACAUACUUGCAAGAAAUGGAGGUAUACAAGAGGACAAAGGAAGAAGAAGCACUGAGCCAGAGGAAAGAAGAAGAGGAACUCCUGAAACUCCACAAACAAGAAGCUCUUCAACUGCUUAAGAAGAAGGAGAAAACUGAUAAUCUGAUUAAGAAGGAGAAAGCAACCAAGAAGAAGAAGAAUGAAAAUGUUGAUCCUAACAAACCCAAGAAGCCUGCUUCUUCUUACUUUCUCUUCAGCAACGACGAGAGGAAGAAGCUGACUGAAGAACGUCCCGGGACAAAUAACUCUACCAUCACCGCUCUGAUUUCAGUGAAAUGGAAGGAACUGGGUGAAGAAGAGAAGCAAGUUUACAACGGGAAAGCUGCAAAAUUGAUGGAAGCAUACAAAAAGGAACUUGAAGCUUACAACAAGUCUGCACCUGCUACCAGUAGCUAGAUAAAAAAAAACUCUCAUAUUAUUGAAAAAUUAUAUGUUCAAGUCCUGUUGAACAUUUUCUUAUUAUGCAUUGUUAGAUUUGCUCUAGUGACUUUAUUUAACCCAAAAAAAAAAAAUGGAUACAAGUUUAUCUA